GAGAAAGUUCAAAACUUUGUCAAACUUGGUCAGAGCAGAUGCUAUUCACGUGAUGAUGAUGCAUUCUCAUGUUCCUGUGAGAAUUUUCUGUAAUGCAGAGUUUCUACGCGUAGAUGAGUUCUGGGAUGUAGACAUUCCUACAUUUCCCAAUUUAAUUCACAUGGAGCUUAGCUUAAGAUCCAAUGAUCAAUGGAAAUCGGUGUUUGAUAUACUCAAUCAUUGCCCUCAACUCCAAACUUUUGUCAUUGAAAACGUAUUUUGGUCUACUGACACUGGGAGUGGGAUUUGGCCAGACACGCAUGUUGUUGUUCCCGAAUGCUUCUCUUCACAGCUCAGGAAGUGUGUUUUUAUAGAUUUUACUGGCAGAGAAUGUGAAAUGAGAUUUGUCAAGUUUGUUAUGCAAAAUUCAACAUUGUUACGCACCAUGGCGAUUUUCAGUAAGCCUGACCUAAUUCAUGAAGAAACACAUGAAAUGUUAAAAGAACUAGCCUCAUGCCCAAGGAGCUCAGCAGCCUGUGAACUUCUCUUUAUGUAAUUUUUAUGCUUGUUAGUAGUUGUAAAUUAUUGACUGCAUUUUUAUUUAGUUCUAUGUCUAUCUUACAUAGUGGCAUUAAACCUUUGUUGUUGCUACAUUACAUAUAAUGUGUCUGCUGCUUUCUGAAGGACAUAAAUUAUGUGUUGUUGUGAUU